AUGUUCUAUGGUGAAUGGAAGGUGUCAGGUGACAUCCAUAUGAAUACCGGUCAGAAGGAGUAUCUACACACGGCGCCGGCUUUCAAAGAGUUCUUACAGUAUUUCUACUUGAGAAGCGUGACGCUCACCGCUGGUAAUGUAGCUGAGGUGAUGGGCCUUGGUCAUCGAUACAACGUGGCCAAUUGUUUCAAAGCUUGUGUUGAGUUUGUCAACGACAGUCUCACCAUCGAAAAUGUGUGCAUUGGCUAUGCUUUGGCCAUACGCUAUGAACAAACUGAGCUGAAAAUGCGUUGCGAACGAAUGAUCACAUUGAACACAAGUGCCGUAUUCCAUUCGACCAGUUUUUUG